AAGCGAAAGUUCAAACGUCUCAGCUGACUGCGGACGAGCGUCAGGUGACACCCUGAACUUGUCGUCAGCCAAUCAGAGGGCACAAAAAGAAUCAACCGCACUUGCGUGCACACCUGUGGGCAAUUUAGUCUUCACUCAACCUACCGUGCACACUUUUGGAACGUGGGAAUCCUCAGAACUGUCAUCCACAUCCGGGAUUGGUCCCAGUCUACAGUGUAACACGGCUCUGGCUCAAAGUCCACUGCGAUAGACUCCACGGGACCGGCGGAUCGGUGGUCCACCCCCGUGCCAACUCACCCCCGGUGACCAUGUUGUCGUGGAACUUGGCCGAAGAUGGCGUCGGAGCAGGUGACGAGUAGAAGCUGCUUGCCAAGACGACAGACCACAAGUCAUAAAACUUGUCCCGUGUCAUCCUGACCUCGUUCGGGAUUUUGUCGGCCAUGUUGCCCGGCGUGCGGACGGCGAGCCUGUGUCUGUGCUUCGCACUGGCCGAGGCGCACAUUUGGGCGUGGAUGCUGAACAUGCCGCACAGUCCGCCCAAAGACGGGGCCGUGGCGCCGCGGGUUGUUGCGCCCCCUGCCAGAGCCACCACGGCGGCGUGCGACCACGACAGGGCCUGUGGGCGAGGCUUCUCCUGCGACCGCCACUUCGGCCUGUGCGUGCCCCUGCGUGGGGAGGGGCACUACUGCCGCAGGGACACCCAAUGCGUGCGGGGCCUCAACUGCAUGUUCGGGAAGUGCCAUCGCAGUAUUCCCAACGGACAAGAGGGUCAGCGGCCCCUUUCUAAAUACCCAACACUCAAUAAAAGCGCCCGGUGCAAGGUGGACCGGGACUGCGGGGCGUCCAUGUGCUGCGCCCGCCACCACGGCGAGCGCGUGUGCAAGCGGCGGCUGAUGCGCGGCGACGGUUGCUACGUGCCCGAUGGCGGCCUGGCGUUCAGCAUCAACCAGAUCUGCCCGUGCGACGAGGGGCUGCUGUGUCGGGAAAACGCCGCCCCGCCCAGGAGGGAGAGGGAUUUUGCAUACCAGGUAGAGCGCACAAGCUGGACCUGCCAAGUGCCCAAACACUAACGCCAAGCUUUACAUAAGUUACUAUUUAUUGCCUCUAUUGUACAGAAUUGUGUAUAUAAAAUUGGUCGUUUUACACAUUUUGUAUCGUAUUUUUUGUUUUGUUUUUGUUGUUUUUAUCCUGAAGCACUGCAGUCCUCUGUUGUCAUAAUAAAUACGAACCAAUAAAGAACUGAAAGUAUCCCGUAACGAGC